UUUCAUGAGGAGUUACCAAAUGGAGAAACAUGCAAUUGCGAUUUUGAAAACACUGUGUGUAGCGGAUGUCACUUUUAUGAGGUUAACACGGACUCUGAGACCUGGCAUGAUGCAAAAGCUAUCUGCGAAGGGAAGGGUGGACAAUUGGCCAUGAUAAAUAAAGCUUCCGUUUUUAACCUUGUUCGCCAGUUCAUAUUCAACAAUGGUUAUGAUGAUGACGUUAUAUACGGGUUUUGGUUUGGACUCAACGAUCUUGCGAACGAGGGUGAAUACGUCUGGUCUGACGGCACAAUCCUUUCAGACGACGACUUUACCAAAUGGGCUCGUAACCAACCGAGUGGUGGCAAUCGUCCAGAUGGGGUUCAGGACUGUAUUCAAAUGUGGGUUGUAAAACAUCUAUUUUACUUCCAUUAUCUUGACUUCUAUUAA